AUGACGUCUAACGGAACCAGCGACAUGCUGACCAUCCAAUUCGGACUCAUCAACUGUGGAAACAAAUAUCUCACAGCUGAGACGUUCGGCUUUAAGAUCAACGCCUCAGCCACGAGCAUGAAGAAGAAGCAAAUCUGGACGCUGGAGCAGGACAGUGAUGACUCGAACGUGUUCUUCUUGAAGAGCCACCUGGGCCGCUACAUCGCCGCCGACAAGGACGGCAACGUGACCGGAGACGCCGAGGUGCCGAGCGACGACUGCCGCUUCGUGGUGACGGCGCACGACGACGGCCGCUGGUCUCUGCAGUCCGAGCCGCACCGGCGCUACCUGGGCGGCACCGAGGACCGCAUCUCGUGCUUCGCGCAGAGCUCGGGCCACGCGGAGAAAUGGAGCGUGCACAUCGCCAUGCACCCGCAGCUCAACCUGUUCAGCGUGACGCGCAAGAGAUACGCGCACUUGAGCGCCAAGGACGACGAGGUGGCCAUCGACCGCGACGUUCCGUGGGGCGUAGACUCGCUCAUCACACUCGUCUUUCAUGAGCAGAAGUAUCAUCUGCAGACCUCGGACAACCGAUUCCUCAGAAACGAUGGCACGCUGGCGCAGAAGCCCGACAAGAGCACCGGCUACACGCUGGAGUUCCGCUCCGGGAAGGUAGCGUUCCGGGACGGAGUGGGGAAAUACCUGGCCCCAUCCGGACCCAGUGGCACCAUGAAGUCCGGCAAGAGUACCAAAGUGGGCAAAGACGAGCUGUUCGUCCUGGAGCAGAGCCACCCUCAAGUAGUGCUCACCGCUGCUAACGACAGGAAUGUGUCCACCAGGCAAGGAAUGGACCUGUCCGCCAACCAGGACGAAGAGAGCGAUCAAGAGACCUUUCAGAUGGAGAUCAGUAAAGAUACAAAGAAGUGCGCUUUCAGGACCUGCACUGGAAAAUACUGGACACUCACUGCUAAUGGUGGACUGCAGUGUACCGCUUCCACCAAGACUGCCAACUGCUAUUUCGAUAUCGAAUGGCGAGGCAAGAAAAUUACCCUCCGUGCCUCCAAUGGAAAAUACGUGGCAGCCAAAAAGAACGGGCAGCUGGCUGCCAGCAUCGAUUCUGCAGGAGAGUCUGAGGAGUUCCUGAUGAAGCUGAUCAACAGGCCCAUCAUUGUGCUGAGGGGAGAGCACGGCUUCAUCGGCUGCAGGAAGGUCACUGGGACUCUGGACUCCAACCGAUCCUCUUACGAUGUCUUUGGCCUGGAGUUCCGCAAUGGGGCCUACAGUCUCCAAGAUUCCACUGGGAAAUACUGGAUGAUCGGGAGUGAGUCUUCAGUUGUGAGCAGCAGCGAUACCCCAGUCGACUUCUUCCUGGAGUUCUGCGACUACAACAAGGUGGCCAUCAAGUCGAGUGAAGGGAAGUACCUGAAAGGAGACCAUGCUGGUGUUCUGAAGGCCAAUGCUGAUGACCUGGACAGCUCCACUAUGUGGGAGUAUUAGAAGCACUCAAGUGACCACCAUUUAUUUUUUAUUAUUAUUUUUUUUUCUUUCUUUUUUUUAAUUUUUUUUAUUCUACAUAUUAAAUGAUUUUUUUUUUCACCAUGAGCACAAAUGGGUAGGAGAGUAAAAUGAAGAUCUGAGAGUUUAAGUGGUUUUGGUGGUUUAAAUAGACUCCAACGAUGAAGACUCGCGUUAAAAUAAGCAUAUUCAUACUCCAGCAUUCUGGUGCCAUGGAACUCUAGCAGUGUUAUGCAGAUUUCAUAGGCCGAAACUCAAUGGGUGUCAGCGCUAAAUUUCUAGGGGCUUUAUCCGGUCCCCAAAUUUCGUAUACUGCGGUAAAGUCUUGUGGUUUUGUUAAACGAUUUGACUGGAAUUCAAAUUUGAUACAGAGUCUGAGGAGAAGUGUGUAACCCGGUGUUCUCACAGGUUCGCUGGAUCUCCUCAGAGACAAAUGUUGGGUGGGAUUUUUCGUGAUCCCUUUCCUUGUCUUUGCACAGUUCUGUAAGAGCCUUUCUCUUUCAAUAUGUAGUGUUUUUAGGAGAAUGUUGUUUACCGAUGCCUUGACAAACCCUGUGAGAAUUAGCUUUUUGUUCAUUACCCUUCUCUAUAAUAUUGCCAAGUGUUAGAAUCCCAUUGACCAGAAGACUAACGGCAAUAUUUACUGGUAGUUGUAUGAAUGUUGUUUGUAUGACUGUCCUGCCAUACACGGUUAUAAAGUGUGUCCUUUAACCACUGGAAUGUCCUGUUCUUGGCACUGAAGACGACGCUGACCAGUUCUGUUUUUUUUUUUAUUUUUAUUUCUUUUCCCUUUUUAUUUUUUAUUUUAUUUUUUGGAAGUAUGGCUAUGUUCUUGUGUGUAAUACAGUACGUAUUGGAUCUUUGCUUGUGCCAUUACAAUUUCAUUUCCCUGUAAAAGAAAACUGUGAAGAGAGGCCUAAUACGGCCCUUCAUCUCAACUCUGGUUACGCAUUCUGAUGCCAAUACGAGGGAAAAGUGUUCAGUGAAUUACUGCAUCUGAAGGGUCAAUUGUUGUUAGUGUUGUUUAGAUACGCGGCUGAUCUUUCUGAUCUGUUCGAUCGGGUAUGUUGUUGCAGGUUCAACACUAUAUUUAUGGUAAAUUAAGACCUACCUUGAUGGGUCCAAGUGGAAGGGUCUGUGUUCACUGCACACGUAGAACCAGCAUUGUAAUGAAUCUGGAAAAUAUAACAACUGUUAAACUGGAAAAAUAACACACGACUGUUCGGUUCUGUUUGAAUUUAAAAGGCACAGACAUUAUCAUGUACCUUUAUCUAUAAUUUGAGAAAUAAAGCUUAAGAAUAAGCAUCUACACAAAAUAUAAAUAUAUAAUAUAUCAAAUGUUUAUUAUAAAUUAUAACUAGAGAUAGCACCACUCACGAAUUAGGGGCGGGACUUGACCGAAACCUCCUGAUUUGACAGUUAUUUGGCUACCGAUUAAAUUCUGUGAUUAUUGUGAUUAAAACUUGCUAACAUUUCUUACUGAAGAUGCUCUUGCUAAUAGGCUACAGAGUAGGCAUAGCGUUUGCGUAGAUCUUGUUGAUCCUUUCUAAUUGAAGGGAUACUGGCGGUGUUCUCAGGUGUGCCUCAAACCAGUGAGGAUGGUGCAACUGCAUAAACACCAUAUGUUUCAUUAAUCAAAACUAGUAAUGUACAAUUAAUUAGUACAGAAAUCAUAUAAUCUAUCCUUACAUUAGCUUCUGUGGUUACUGAGACCACACUUGCAUACAAGGGAGUGGUAAUGACUGUGCCUUAUGGUCAUACUGGAAAAACACAACAUUCCACAUCUAUACUUUGUAAAACUUUACUGAUUUCCUUUUUUUUAAUAUUAUUUUGAUAUUAUUGUUGCUUUUCUUCAUGUGCCAUGGGUACAAAAAAAAAAAAAUACGAUAAAUUGGAUUAUGAAACUC